UUUGUGUUGUUGUGUGCUGCCGAGUUGAUUCCAACUCACAGCGACCUUGUAUGAUAGAGUAGAACUGCCCCCAUAGGGUUCCUAAGGCCAAAAUCUUUACAGGAGAUGAUUGCCAGAUCUUUUCUCCUGUGGAGCAGCUGGUAGGUUGGAACCAGUUAACAAUUGAGCUCAUAACCAUUGUGCCACCAGGGCCCCUUCUAUAUUUGUAACAACAACAACAACAAAAAAAAACUCGUUGCUGUUGAGUUGAGUCUGACUCAUAGCAACCCUGUAAGACAGUAGAACUGCCCCAUAGUGUUACCAAAGAGUGGCUGGUGGAUUCUAACUCUCAACCUUUUGCUUAGCAGCCGAGCUCUUAACCCCUCUACUACAAAUACAAAUAUGAUAUGUGUUUUUUUUUCUCCCAAUUUAGUAUAGUACACAGUAUAUGUAUUGUUUUGUGACUUGAAUAUUUUUCACUUAAUGGUAUACUGUAAUUGAUUUAAUAAUUUUCCUGUUGAUGGAAGUUAGAUGGUUUCUGGUGUUUAGCUUUGUUACAAAUAAUCCUGCAUCAAACUUUUUUUUGUACAUGUAUUCCUCUCUUUGGAAGAUUUCAUUUCUUUGGUUUAAACCAUUGCCCUGUGUUCUAAGAUCAAUGACUUGAUGUCCACACACAGCAAAUAGGUCCCGUACCCAUUUUUCUCUGGGGUUAACUAAGGAAAGAGCAGGGUUUUCUGCCUAAAUCUUAAGAGUUUCUUAGUUGUGGGUAUGCUAUCGGAGAGAUCUUAUGGUAAUCUCCUUAGUUGAAGAUUUUCUUGCAUUAGCUUGUAAACUCAGCACCUUUUUACUUGUCAUACAUCAGGUAUCUGCAGAGAUGGUCAGCUGGGUAGCCCAGGUAAAUUACCUGGCUCCCAAAGGCAUUCAUGAGGAUGAAAUCAAAGAUACCCCUAGAGAGAGCACACAGCUAGAUAACUGAAUUCUGAUGGGGGGUUGGGUGGCUUAUUCCACAACACAGUUCUGUAACAGUUGUGCAGCGGCCAUAAGGAGGCCCUGGGCAGAACUGACCCAUUGUGGUCCCUGUGGAAUAGCUUAGGUAUUUGAGAAACUCUUCUGUGUUGGAGUUUUUCUAGCAGAGCCAUCAUUUUGGAUUGCUAAACUGAGGGCAGUCUAGCCGGUUAAAUUUUUCUAAAGAAAAACGUGGGAAAGGUAUUUUUGGAAGCUUUGUAUAGCAAAGUAAGUAGAUAUGCCAGUGAUCAAGAACCUUCGUGCUAACGGCAAGUCAGCACAAUUCUAUUUUUGACUCUAAAAGAAAACAUUCAUCACACGGUUUGACUUGAGUUGGCUUAAUUUGAGUAUGUGAUGUGAAUUUAGUCCCUGGGUGGUACAGCAGUCUGCCUCUCAAGUGCUUUGGAUUGGUGAGGUUGUCUGGUAGCGGGAGAGGGAGAUAAAGACAAUGUCUAGUCAGCUGCAUCAGUGAGAGACCUGUGAUUUUCCACUAAAAUGACAACAAAAACUCCACAAAACAGAAGCCCCUCAGCUUGAGCUGUGUCACACAGGCCUAGCCAGUAUUGUUGGUUGUGGUUUAAGUGUCCUCUCCCAAACCCCAGUGCCUCUCUGGAUGUUGGAAACCACGCAGAGCCUGGGGUGAGCUGUGGUUAGCCUCAUUUCCGGAGGAAGUGACUGGGUGGCUGAGCUUUGUGAAGGCUGGUGCACCCAGGGAGCUCCUCAGUAGGGAGCAGAAUGUUAAUAUGUAAAUUGAUUUUCUUUCUGCAAGGACUCGGCAAUUAAAGGAGCCCUCUAAAAACAACCUUUUUGAUAGAACAUAUGACCAUGGGGGAUAUGAAGACCCCAGACUUUGAUGACCUCCUGGCAGCCUUUGACAUCCCAGAUAUGGUUGAUCCCAAAGCAGCUAUUGAGUCUGGACAUGAUGACCACGAGAGCCACAUCAAACAGAACGCUCAUGUAGAUGAUGACUCCCACACACCCUCAUCUUCCGACGUCGGCGUCAGUGUUAUUGUUAAGAAUGUUCGGAAUGUUGAUUCCUCCGAGGGCGCAGAGAAAGAUGGCCAACACUCCACAGGCAAUGGGUUACAUAAUGGGUUCCUUUCAGCAUCCUCUCUUGACAGUUACAGUAAAGAUGGAACAAAGUCCUUGAAAGGAGAUUUGCCUACCUCAGAGGUGACUUUAAAAGACUCAACUUUCAGCCAGUUUAGCCCUAUCUCAAGUGCUGAAGAGUUUGAUGACGACGAGAAAAUAGAGGUGGAUGACCCCCCUGACAAGGAGGAAAUGCGUACAAAUUUUACAUCAAAUGCGUUGACGGGAUCUGCUUCCCAACAGGACUAUGACAAGCUGAAGGCACUUGGGGGGGAAAACUUAAGUAAAAUGGGACUCUCUCCUUCAGGCAAUAUAGAUAAAAACAAAGUUGUUAAAAGAGAAUCAGAAACCAAUUCUAUAAAUCUGAGUGUUUAUGAACCCUUUAAAGUCAGAAAAGUGGAGGAGAAAUUGAAGGAAAACUCUGAAAAGGUGCUUGAAAACAGGGUGCUUGACGGAAAGCUGAGCUCUGAGAAGAAUGACACUAACCUUGCUGGGAUUGCCCAGUCAAAGACAAAGUCGUCCUCCAAGCUCUCGUCAUGUAUAGCUGCAAUCGCAGCCCUUAGUGCUAAGAAGGCUGCUUCGGACUCUUGUAAAGAACUGGUGGCCAAUUCAAGGGAAUCCUCUCCAUUACCAAAAGAAGUCAACGAUAGUCCUAGAGCCGUUGAAAAGUCUCCUGAGUCCCAGAGUCUCAUUGAUGGCACAAAGAAAGCAUCCAUAAAGCAACCGGAUAGUCCCAGGAGUGUUUCGAGUGAAAACAGCAGCAGGGGAUCGCCAUCCUCUCCUGCGGGAUCGACACCAGCCAUUCCCAAAGUACGCAUAAAGACCAUUAAGACUUCAUCUGGGGAAAUAAAGAGAACAGUGACCAGAGUGCUGCCGGAAGUUGACCUCGACUCUGGGAAAAAGCCUUCCGAGCAGGCGACAUCCAUGAUGGCAUCUGUGACGUCCCUUCUGUCAUCUCCAACUUCGGCCGCCGUCCUCUCCUCUCCUCCCAGGGCACCUCUCCAGUCGGCAGUUGUUACCAAUGCAGUUUCCCCUGUGGAGCUGACACCCAAGCAGGUCACUAUUAAGCCGGUGGCCACUGCCUUCCUCCCAGUUUCUGCCGUGAAGACGGCAGGGUCUCAAGUCAUCAAUUUGAAGCUCGCUAACAACACGACAGUGAAAGCCACGGUCAUAUCUGCCGCCUCUGUUCAGAGUGCCAGCAGCGCCAUCAUCAAAGCUGCCAACGCCAUACAGCAGCAAACCGUUGUGGUGCCAGCAUCCAGCCUGGCCAAUGCCAAACUUGUGCCAAAGACUGUGCACCUUGCCAACCUUAACCUCCUGCCUCAGGGUGCCCAGGCCACCUCUGAACUCCGCCAAGUGCUAACCAAACCUCAGCAACAAAUAAAGCAGGCAAUAAUCAAUGCAGCAGCCUCACAACCACCCAAGAAGGUGUCUCGAGUCCAGGUGGUGUCCUCCUUGCAGAGUUCCGUGGUGGAAGCUUUCAACAAGGUGCUGAGUAGUGUCAAUCCAGUCCCAGUUUACAUCCCAAACCUCAGUCCUCCUGCUAAUGCAGGUAUCACGCUACCAACGCGUGGUUACAAGUGCUUAGAGUGUGGCGACUCCUUUGCACUCGAAAAGAGUCUAACCCAACACUACGACAGACGUAGUGUGCGCAUCGAAGUGACGUGUAACCAUUGUACAAAGAACCUAGUUUUUUACAACAAGUGCAGCCUCCUGUCCCAUGCUCGUGGGCACAAGGAAAAAGGCGUUGUGAUGCAGUGCUCCCACUUAAUUCUAAAGCCAGUCCCCGCAGAUCAAAUGAUAGUUUCUCCAACAAGCAAUACUUCUGCUUCAUCUGCGACUCUACAGAGCUCUGUGGGAGCUGGCACACACACGGUAACAAAAAUCCAGUCUGGCAUAACUGGGACAGUCAUAUCUGCUCCUUCCAGCACACCCAUCAUUCCAGCUAUGCCUCUAGACGAAGACCCGUCCAAACUCUGUAGACAUAGUCUAAAAUGUUUGGAGUGUAACGAAGUUUUCCAGGACGAGACGUCACUUGCAACACAUUUCCAGCACGCUGCAGAUACGAGUGGACAAAAGACAUGCACUAUCUGCCAGAUGCUGCUUCCUAACCAGUGCAGUUUUGCAUCACACCAGAGAAUUCAUCAGCACAAAUCUCCCUACACCUGCCCUGAGUGUGGGGCCAUCUGCAGGUCGGUGCACUUCCAGACCCAUGUCACCAAGAACUGUCUGCACUACACGCGAAGAGUUGGUUUUCGAUGUGUACAUUGCAAUGUUGUGUACUCGGAUGUGGCUGCCCUGAAGUCUCACAUUCAGGGUUCUCACUGUGAAGUCUUCUACAAGUGUCCUAUUUGUCCAAUGGCGUUUAAGUCUGCCCCAAGUACACAUUCCCACGCCUACACACAGCAUCCCGGCAUCAAGAUAGGAGAGCCAAAAGUAAUAUAUAAAUGUUCCAUGUGUGACACUGUGUUUACCCUGCAAACCUUGCUGUAUCGCCACUUUGACCAACACAUUGAAAACCAGAAGGUGUCUGUUUUCAAGUGUCCAGACUGUUCUCUCUUGUAUGCACAGAAGCAACUUAUGAUGGACCAUAUCAAGUCUAUGCAUGGAACAUUGAAAAGUAUUGAAGGGCCCCCAAACUUGGGUAUAAACUUGCCUUUGAGCAUUAAACCUGCAACUCAGAACUCGGCAAAUCAAAACAAGGACGACACCAAAUCCAUGAAUGGGAAAGAGAAAUUGGAAAAGAAAUCUCCAUCUCCGGUGAAAAAAUUAGUGGAACCCAAGAAAGUGACCAGUCCUGGGUGGACGUGUUGGGAGUGCGACCGACUGUUCACACAGAGAGAUGUUUACAUAUCCCACGUGAGGAAGGAGCACGGGAAGCAAAUGAAGAAGCACCCCUGCCGCCAGUGUGACAAGUCUUUCAGUUCCUCACACAGCCUGUGUCGUCACAAUCGGAUCAAGCACAAAGGCAUUAGGAAAGUGUAUACCUGCUCGCACUGCCCAGACUCCAGGCGUACCUUUACUAAACGGUUGAUGCUGGAGAAACACAUCCAACUGAUGCAUGGGAUCAAGGAUCCUGACUUAAAAGAAAUGACAGAAGCCACCAACGAGGAGGAAACAGAAAUAAAGGAGGACACCAAGGCCCCCAGUCCAAAGCGGAAGUUGGAAGAACCAGUCUUAGAGUUCAGACCACCCCGAGGAGCCAUCACUCAACCGCUGAAAAAGCUGAAGAUAAAUGUCUUCAAGGUGCACAAAUGUGCUGUGUGUGGCUUCACCACCGAGAAUCUUCUACAGUUCCACGAACACAUCCCACAGCACAAGUCCGAUGGCUCCUCCUACCAGUGCCGGGAAUGUGGCCUCUGCUACACGUCCCACGUCUCCCUGUCCCGGCACCUCUUCAUCGUGCACAAGCUGAAGGAGCCCCAGCCAGCGUCCAAGCAGAACGGGGCUGGGGAAGAUAGCCAGCAGGAGAACAAGCCCAGCCCUGAGGACGACGCGGCAGAUGGCACAGCGUCCGACAGGAAGUGCAAAGUGUGCGCCAAAACUUUUGAAACGGAAGCUGCCUUAAAUACUCACAUGCGGACACACGGCAUGGCCUUCAUCAAAUCCAAAAGAAUGAGUUCAGCUGAGAAAUAGCCACCGACAGUCCAUUAGGAAAAUCCCUGUCCACAUUGGAAUACAAAAGAUUUUUGUUACAAAAAGUUUGCAGUAUAAUAGAGUUAACAGUACUGUCUAGGCUGUUGCAAUAUAUUCUCUUUCAAUGUUCCUUCUUCACCUCGUCGUAUAUAUCCUGAUAAGUAUUAAAACAGUAUUUGAGUUUAAAAGAGUUUGUAUAUAUUUAAAUGAAUAACUUUUUAUACUCUUUGUUACAUGUUUGUAUCAGUAUUUAGUGGAAAAUGUUUUGAGUCUUUUUUUGUUUCAUUUGGGGUUAGAAUUUUUCUUUUUUUGUACUGUUUUCUUUUAACACAGAGUUCUUAGUCACAGGGGCAGUUCCUGAAUUCAAAUAAACCAUUUUGUAAUUUAAGAAUUUGAAUGGGUUAACUAAUUACAGGCUAAGAUAAUGCCUUUUUUAGUGUUUUUAAUUUUUAGAAUUCACUACAUAAAUUGUAGGUGAUUGUGGGUCUCAAAAACACUAGGAACUUAUAAGUGUCUUAGCACUACCCUCAGGGUGCCUGCUCUGUGUAAGCGCAGGCAUACCUGAGAUGCAGGUGUACACCUGAGACACAGGUGUACACCUGAAAUGCAGCCCCACACAGGUGCAUCAUGGGUUUUUCAGGCCACGCCACACAGUGUUCAAUGCAGCCUUGCAGGUCAUUUCUUCCCAGUGGUGGAUGUAAGCUGAGUCUAGAAUGGGAUGUGGAUUUCCUUAAUUCCAUCUGGAGGGGUGAGGAAAGAAGAACAUUCCUUAUAAAGGGAAAAAAAAGGGGGGCUGGUUGUUUUCUGGGUCAGUUUGCAAGGCUGGUUUAAAGAGCACAAGGAGAUAUAGUUACGAAAGGGCUGGGCUACUGUAAAAGCUACAAAUAUGUAGUUAGAUCAAUUAGUUUUAUAUAGUCAGGUUUUUGUCAUGUAAUUUAUUAACUAUUGCAGAGACACAACUAAGAAUAUCAAUUAUUUCUCCAGCUCUUGACAGGAAAAAAAAUCACAGUUGACUUAACCCUUUGCUGUCUACAGAGUUGGCUUUUCCUGUUCCAGGUGCUACUGCCAAACAUCCUGGUACUCAGAGCUGGGAUGUACAACUUCAACCACCGACUUAUCAAUGCAGCAGCUGCAAUUGGCCAUUAGCUUAAGCACUGAGCCACCUGGCUUUUGUUCAGUCAUUUCAAUAAGUUAAUGUGGGUAGUUCAGCUUCAUUGAGGUGCGGCACAGGUACUCUUCUGUCCCUUCCAUUUAUAGUUCUCUGGGAGAGUUAUAUUUUUUUGUCGUUUUUUGUGGGAUUUUUUUUUUUUUUUGCAUUUUAUAUCUUGUAUUUAUCCCUAAAUAUGUUUUGUACUUUUUUUUUUAAAGGAAUUCUUUUGUGUAUAUAUAGAUACUUGCAUGAUAUACUGUAGUCAAUGUUCAGUUCCUCAAAAGGUCUUGCUGCUGUCAGGUGUUGUGCACUACAUCCAUCAUAACUGUAUUAAACACAUUUCAUAUGUAAAUAAAUGCGGGACAUUUGGCCCUUGUGCUUCUGUGAGAGAGUUAUUGAUGGUGAGUCUGUGACAUCUUCAUGAAGUUUAGGAAGUGAUUAAUUGCAGGAACAGGCUACAGGAUAUUGCAGAAUUCUUCCCACUCACAAGAAUGGGGUAUUUGUUCUCGUUAGCAAUCAGCUCUUUUGUCACUUUCUCGUUGACUCCAUCAGUACAUUGGUGCGACCCAAGGGCGUGAUUAAGUAUUCCUCAACUUGAAAUUCAAUUGCUGUUACUUGUUAUAUUUGUAUUGCUCUAAGUUGUAUUCAUAGCGCUUUCAUAUGUUUCUGAAUUUGAACCUUGCAAUAAACCUGUGUGGUGGGCUGCACGGGUCUUAACACCCUCGUUUCGUGGUUGAGGAAGCUGAGCUCAGAUUCAGUUCUCUGCCUAUAUCCUCGUAGCCGGUAAGUGGCCGUGAGGAUCCAAAUCCGGAUAGUCUAAGUCUAGUGCUCGCUGUGUGUGUUCAUGUACAUAUUGACAAAUAUUCAUUUACUCAACAAAUAAAAAGUAUGUGCAAAACAUGAUA